AUGACCAGAGGAGCUGGAUUCACAGCAGUUCAAGCUGUUGUGAAGCCCGAAGGCAAAGACCAAAGGAAAAAUAACUCAAAAAAUCUUAAGGGCAAGAGGAAGAAAAAUAAAAAUGGAAAAAGGAAGCGAAAUCCCUGCAAAACCAUUUACAAGGAUUACUGCAUCCAUGGAAAGUGCAAAUACCUGAAAGAACUGAAUAAGCCCUCUUGUAUAUGUCUUCCUGGAUAUCAGAACGAGCGCUGUGGGAUACAAGCAUUGCACACCGGCAAAAACAAGAAGCAGUUCCACGACCUCUCCGUUACGCUGAUAGUUGUAGGUGUUGCUCUGGCCAUCUUCACACUAACCACUGUGACAGUUGCCGUGACAUUGCUUUUAAGAAGAAAAAUGAGAGUUGAAGGUGAAACCACGAAUGAGGAGAAACAGAAACUGAGAUCUGAAAAUGGAAUUGUGGUUUAGAAAUGAAGGUCUACUUUGGACAUCUGAAAAAUGAAGACCAAUGUAUCCAACUUCUGCCCACCUCUCCCUCCAGUUACUUCAUAUUUGUCACUGUUUUUGAUGUAUGCAAUAAUUAUAAACUUUAAAGCACAGCUGACUGUAACUUAUAGUGCCUAUAAUGUAGUUUUUAAAAAAAAAGCUAGUGUGUCUCAAAAUAUUGGUGGACAACAGUUGACACUGAGCUAAAGAGGGAGACAAAGAUCUUUGGCAUUUUGUAAUGUAUCAAAGGGUGCAGGAAGGUUUGGCGAGAAAAUGCAGAAUGGGCAUGGAAGUGGCUGAACGUGGUGCUCUCCAAGGGCAGAGAGAUUAAAGGAGAAAGGGAGAUAAAAUGGGUGGUGAAGAAACUGGCCAGCAGAACGUCCUGCUGAAAAGGCUUUCCUCCACGCUGUUGUCUCCCGGGAGCAGGUUCACAGGGCAGGACUCCCAGCGGAGCAGCCACAAGCAGACCAUCAUGAAAACAGAUUGUUCACUCCACCAGGUCCAUGCUGACCAGUGGCACCCAUCUAUAUUAAUCCCAUCUUCCCUAUGAUCACGCAGUGUGGAGAUGGGCCACCUUGCUCUCCAUAUGUUGGAUAAAAUUUCACCUGCAAAGGUGCUGGAUGUGACUCAUGUAAACAACUUUUUACAAUCUAUGGGUUUUUCAUGUGAGACACCAGAGACUGAUGCUUAUUGGUGGGAUGGGCACUAUCAGCAGGGAUUACUCAAUUCAGAUUGUAGCUGUGAUCCAGGAAACCUAUGAGGCUUCUUCAUCAAUAAUCUUUCUCUCUUGUGUGCCAGCAAUUGUGAAAUUUAGUAACCCUACUGCCCUAUUGGGGGGGUUGGUCACUCAGUGAAGCUCCCAACACUGCCUUCUCUCUAGGCCUUCAAAUCAGUGGAAUAUGGAAAGUUUGAGUGCAGAUAUUGUCAAAGGUUUCUUAAUAUAUCAGUAUUUAUUUGUUAUUUAAAAUUUAUUUAAAUAUAUGGUGUAUUUUUACAAAUAAACAGAUGGUAUUGAAAUUUAAAAUAUUCUGCAAUUAAAAAAAGUUGAAUGAAUCUCUAUCAUUGUCUUGGUGUUGAUGAGGGAUAUGGCAUUUCAACAGUCAUCCUUCUGAGAAAUAAACUGAACAAUGCUCUUCAUUCUUUGGGCUGAAGGAAUCCAGUCUAUUUAAAGAACAUUUUUUUUAAAUGGAAACUAUUCCUUUUCUACAAAUACCUUUGUGGAACCUAAACCUCUCGGGGACUUUUUGAAGUUUUGGAAGUCCUUUUAGUGACCUGUGUUAAAAGGGUUACACAAUUGAGUGCUUACUGAGUUUCUUAUUGAGAUGCGUUUGUCAGAGUUCAUUUUUGUGUAGAUUAAAGCCCAACAGAGCAAACUGUGGCUGAUGUGAGCCUUCUCGUUUAUGGUGAGAAGGUGUUGCCCUAUAGGUUUGGCAUUCUCCAUGUCUCACCCUCUUCACUUCCAAAUUUCUUGUCAUUUUCCAUUAGCAGCAGAGACCAGUCCAUUCCUUUCCCCAGAAUAACUAGAUAUCUGUGGUACAGGGGGAGACCAUUUGGCCCAUUGAACCAUGCUAGCCAGAAGUAGACCAGACUUUUCUCACUUCCCAGUACUUGAUGAAAGUUCAGCUUGUAAAUCAGGGGUGUAAGAGUGAUGGUGGCUCCUUCCUUCGCUCCUUUUUCAGCUGGUAAACUCUAAUAAUCCUCACUUGCUCUUGUCCGGAUGUAACUUCUGUCUCUACUUGCUGGCCUGUAUCACCGUCUUCAACUAUUUUAAAUUUCUUGCCUUAUUUCAGCCUUUUCACCACUCACGUCCUGUGGGUGCCGCCAGAGGUUCAAUAACUUGCUGUUCUUCUACCACCGUCCACAAUGCCUUAGAGUUAGAGUCAAAUGUUUGACAUCGAUGCCAAGCUUUCCCUAUUUUAACAUAAUUUCCUUUGUCUAAUUACUCCUUGAGACAAGAUAUUGUCAUACUUUAGGAACAAAAAAACCCAGAAUGGUACAGCAUAGUUCAAUGCCCAACUAACUAAUUCCUUCUGCGUACAGAAAGUCCAUAUCCCUCUGUUCUCCACACAUUGAUGUGCCUAUUUAAGAGAGCCUCUGUUGUACUUGCCUCCAUGAUCAUCCCUGGCAGCAAAUUCUGGCCACACACACACUCAUUUUAAAUGCAUGCCCUCCAGUUAAACAUUUUGUCCCUGAGGUAAAAUAGAUACAGGCUCUCUAGUCGGUCUAUGCCUUUCAAAAUCUUUUAAACUUCUACUAGAUCUCCUCUCGGCCUCCGCUGCUCCAGAGAAAACAGUCCAAGUUUGUCCAACCUCUCCUUUUUAGGAUCCACUCUCUGAUCCAUGCAGCAUCUUAAUAAACACCAUCAGCUUCAGAAUAUAAAGCCCUUAAUAGUGACGCAGUCCCUCAACUUCAUUCUGUCUUUAAAUCGGCGAUGUCUGAUCUCAAUCCUCCUCUCUUUCACCAGGAACCAUACCUCCAGUAUGACUAUAUCACAACCGUUUGUUUUACUUGACCCAGUAAUUCACCCACUCUGUUAUGAAUGCUUUCUGUACUUGGAUAAAGAGCUUUCAGACUUCUACCAUUUUCCCUUGGUCCCACUGUUAGUUGGAAGUAUUCUGUUAGGUUUGCUUUAACAUUCAACAAUGAGCCGGUAGUGUAGUGGCACCCACACCAGACUUCCAGGUGAGUGCCCCAGGUGGCCCCUUGCACAUUUUCCAUCCAUGGAGGGUUGAGCGUCGAGCUAGCAAUUUGGCCUUGUGAAAAAACAGACAAAAAUGUUAAAGAAAUUACAAGGUUGCCACCUGAUGCGCCAAAGCUGCAGAAAGGAACGGCUAUCCCACACGGCUGCUAUCAGGAAGGUAUUUUUUCCACUGAGGCUAGGGGAGAAAAAAAACAGAGGACAUGGGUUAAGGGUGAAGGGGGAAAAGUUUAAAGGGAACAUUGGGGGGGCUUCUUCACACAGAGAGCGGUGGGAGUGAGGAAUAAGCUGCCAUUUGAAGUGGUGAAUGCAGGCUCACUUAUAAUAUUUAAGAAAAUCUUGGACAGGUACAUGGAUGAGUGGUGUAUGGAGGGAUAUGGUCCAGGUGCAGGUUAGUGGGACUAGGCACAGUCAAGAAGGGCCAGAAGGCCUGUUUCUGUGCUGUAAUGUUCUGUGUUUUUAUGGUUCUAUUGAAGGCUUAGAUCCCACACCACCAGGUUCAGGAGCAGUUAUUACCUUGCAACCAUCAGGUUUCUGAAACAGCGUGGAUAACUUCACUCACGUCAACACUGAACUCUCACUUUCAAGGACUCUACAACAUUAAUUAAUUAAUGUAUUUAUUUGUUUAUUUAUUUAUUAGUUGUAUCUGCACAGUGUUUUCUUUUACUCGUUGGUUGUUUGCCAGUCUUUGUGUGUAGUUUUCGAUCGAUUCUAUUGUACCUGGUUCUACUGUGAAUGCCUGCAAGAAAACAAAUCUCAGAGUAUUAUAAGGUGAAAUAUGUGUACUUUGAAAAUAAAUUCACUUUGAAUUCACCAGUA